UUCACGUCGGACUGAUUUCUGUGUGACACAGUACUUAGCUGCCUGGACAGUGGUAGCAGAGCACCUGGUUGUUGUUGACAUUUUUCUCCAGCUCUGUAAUUCGUGUUUCGUAGAUCGAAAUGGAUGACCAGGGAUGUCCGAGGUGCAAAACAACCAAAUACAGGAAUCCUUCGCUGAAGCUGAUGGUGAAUGUCUGCGGGCACACGCUAUGCGAGAACUGUGUGGAGAUGCUGUUCGUGCGUGGCUCGGGUAACUGCGUGCAGUGCGACACGCCCCUGAGGAAGAGCAACUUCCGCGUGCAGCUCUUCGAGGACCCGGCCGUAGAUAAAGAGGUGGAGAUUCGCAAGAAGGUGCUGAAGAUAUACAACAAGAGAGAUUUUGACUUCCCUAGCCUGAGAGAGUAUAAUGACUACCUGGAGCAGGUGGAGGACAUAGUGUUUAACCUGACAAACAACAUUGAUGUAGAGAACACAAAGCUGCGGAUGGAAGAAUACCAGAGGGAGCACAGAGACAUCAUCCAGAAGAACAAGGCAAAACUCACGCGUGAGCAGGAGGAGCUGGAGGAGCUUCUGUUGCUGGAGCAGCGGGACAAUGAGCAGCGGAGAUUAGAUGUCCUGCAGGAAGAGCAGAGGCAGCUACAGGCCAAGAGGAAGAACAAGCAAACUCUGCUGGAUGAACUGGAGCAGUCUAGGCUUCCUGCCACAAUCCUGCUUGCCCAACACAAGGUCCGUGCUGCCCAGCUGGAGACGCAGAUCGAGCAGCAGAAACAGGUGGUCAAGCCGACCAAUCUAUUUUCAACUGGAAUCCAUAUGCGCCAAACAGUGUCCCUUCAGCCUGUGCCCAAGAUAGAGGAAGUUCUGUACCAAUACAAGCCCCUUCGGAUUGAAAUCUGCGGACCCCCGGUGCCUGAACUGGAGCAGCUUGGCAGACUCGGGUAUCUGAACCACGUGCGGGCUGCCAUGCCUCAGGAAAUAGCUGGAGGGUACUCCUCAGCUUUGGCUUGUCAUCGAGCCAUUCAGGACGCUUUCAGUGGGCUGUUCCCUCUGAAGGGAUGAGCAUGUCCACCACAACAGCCCACUGGUGACAAAUGUGACUGAAAAGGACUUUUAAAAAACACUGCUGCCAUGAUGGAGCAGAGGAAAGCUGCUGCUGCUGCAACGCUCUGACUGUUUCUGGUCUGGGUUUGUAUGACUUUUAUUUUGUAUUAACUUUAUAUUAAACAAAAUCACAAUGACAA